AUGUCGCCUCAAGCUCUGUCACCACAGAGCACAGGCACAAUGAAGAAAAGCUUUAGCAGCGGAACCUUGCAGAAAUCCGGCCAGGCUACCAUCACAAGUCCGAUGGCUGCUGAUAUUGAGAUGCCGAAGCUUCCGAAGUAUCUCAACGUAACCAACCUGACGAAAUUCAGGAAGUUGCCAAGCAGCACGGGCAACCUCCAUGGAUGGCUGGCAGAGGACUACAGUCAAAUCAAUUGGCCGCUGCCAAAGAUGUUUGGCAAGGAGAAAUAUGGAUACAGUAUGAUUGACAUCGAUGAUCCGCGGUACAUCAAGGAGUGUGCCUUGAUGUCCCAAAAGCUUAUCCGAUUGCACUAUGACCAGCAGAUCAUUGAUUAUACGUGGAGAAACACGUACAAGGCGCUUCUAACAGCAGAACACCGCCAGGCAACCCUGCCGAACAACUGUGCUCAGAAGACCAGAGACUUGAUGAAAAAAGAGGUUGAUUCCUGCAUGAAACAGUUGCUGGAACUGCAACAGCAGAAGGACAUGUAUGAGCAGCAGAUCAAGGAGAUCUACGAUCGAUGCGAUGCUAUCAAAGCAACCAUUAAGAAGGAAAACGAUCUGGAAGACCUCCGAUUGACUAUGGAGAAGCAGACCAAGGAGAAGAUCUCCAGCGACUCUCCUUUCUGGAAGGCAUGUUUUCCUGGGACAUGGGAGUCCCAUGACGUGCCAUGCGGACUGUUCCAGGCCAAGUUCAACAUCCGCUCUGUGAACGCGAUGGAAUCGCAGGCUCCAAGGCGCAAGAAGCAAAAGGGAAUUCUUGCCAAUUUGAACAUCGGUAAGUUGCAGCGAUGCCAGGAUCAGAGCGCAGUUUUCAUUCUCAGCAUUUGCCUUCGGUCAAUUGAUCUUGGCUCAAUUGCCCUAGACAGCAGCGAUAAGAAGAUGGGCAAAAAGGGCCAGGCAGCUGCGCCUGAGGCGGUGGAGGAGAGGCAGUGGCAAAAGCGGCGGCAGGCACGAGUGCAGCCGCCGUAUCAUUCCAUCUUGGGCUUGGAGGAAUCCAACUUCCGAAGCCUGACCAAAGAUGAGCUGUGGAAGGCGUUCUUUGCCAAGCGAGUCAUGUACAAGCGCCGCGAAGCGAAUGGCUCUCUGUCAGAGGAGCUCCAGGAUUCCAAUGACAAAGUUGAUUGGGAUCUGGUGAUGGAGGCCUUCCACGUGCUGUCAGGGCACGAGGCGCGCUCGGCCUACGAACAAGGCAACCUGGCUUCUCACGCGCAGCCCGAAGCACAGUCUUUCAGAAGCCACAAUGGGCAAACAUGGGCAAACAUUCGAUCCUCGGUUUUUUGCAGGCGGCAGCUCCUCGGGCUUAGGGCACUUCCCUCAGCUUUUUGGCCUUGCUUGCGUUUGACACUUUCGACAUCACGUUUUGCAAAGAUGUACAAGUCAGCAAAGUGGAAAGGACUUUCAUGUUUUGUUCGGUGGCUGCCCUUUGCAGAGCGCAAACGAGCUUGUAGUAAGGUUACAGUUACAGUGAACUGCUACUUGAUUGGAAACGACAUCAAACAAUUUGCUCCGAAUUCAACUGUUGAACGUCCUGAAUAA